AUGGAAAUGAGAGAAAAAAGCUCUGAUACCAUGUUAUGGGAAGCAAAUAAUGAAAAAAAUCUCAUUUCUCAUAGAUCAUUUGAAGCAAUAAGGAAUGACUCAUGGCAACCUGUGGAGCUUAUAAAAAUUGAUUUUGGAAAAACAACCUUACAUUUCAUGGAUACUCAACAAAUGCAAACCCCUUUGUCAUCUGAUAUUCGCAUAAGAUCAAGAAAAGCUACUUCAUUUGAUUGCUCUAGUUUUUUACGACGUGGAAUGGACAUAUCUAUGCUCCAAAUUUCAGAUCAAUUUAGACCUAUUCCAACGUCAAUCGAUGCAAGAAUAAAUUCAAUCCAGAGACAACCUCAUGAGUCUGAUCAAUGCUCGUGUCAGUUUUAUGUAAAUUUCUACGAGGAUCAAGGUUCACUUGGUAGAAAUAUAAAAACACUCAAUAAGGAGGUUUAUGCAACUGGAAUAGAUCGAAUUUUCAUCCUCCAAAGGCUUCAACAUAAUAGUUGUGAAGGCUUAAUAAAAAAUAGUGAUAGUUCUGAAGUGGUUAAGCCUUAUAGGUGGGAUUCAUCUGAAGAUUGCUCCUCAUUAUCAGAGUCUAGACUAAUCUUGGGGAGAUUUUUAUCUGAUCUUUCGUGGUUCGUUACAACAUCCUUUUUAAAGAAGGUUUCAUUCAGUAUCAGAUCUGUUCAAAACAAGAUUUUUUAUCAUGUUAUGGGAAACGAUGCUGAUAUUAUUAAUCCAUCUCUUCUAAAUGUUGUGAACUUCAAAUCGGAAAAGGGAUCAAUAGUACCUGUGGUUUCUCUAUUCGAUAUGUUUUGUGAUUAUGACGGAGAAGAAGAUGAAGCGCUGCCAAUGCUAUCAAAUCAAAUUGAAGGCCUACGACGUUCAAAACGUAGGAAUGUCCAACCCAAACGUUACAUAGGUUCUUCUGUUGAGAAGUUGGAAGUUGGUACUUUUCGAAUGAGGCCAUACAAGAUAGGAUGUUAUUUGAUAGAGGAUGAAAAUUCUUCAGAUUUAGAAGUUGAUGAUAAUGUUACUUUGGGACAUUAUUAUAGUUUCUGCAAAGAGAAGCCUACGAAGAGGCGACUUCAUGGUUCAGACGAUAUGGAUUUUGAAACCAAAUGGGAAGGAAUUCGUUUCAAAAAAGGAGCUCAAACAAAAAGAAACCAUUCAAUUUGUUUGACAAACAGAAGUCAUGUUCAAGAAGGUGGCAGAACGUUAAAUGUUGAUGCAAAGAAGGAAAUAAUUGACACUUACAUGAAGAAUUUGGAUAGUCUUCGGGCUGAAGAAGAGCCAACUAUUGACGAAGAAACAAACAAGUUGGAGGAAGAAAAAGUGUCGAAAAGCGAUGAUGGGGAAGAAAAUCCUGAUGACUUGUCUGCCAUUUGGGAAGAAAUGGAUACUGCUAUGGCAGCAAGUUGUCUUCUUGAUGGAACUGAGGGUUCAAAUGCAGAGGUUUUAGCAGACACCGAGGAAAUUUGUGAACAUGACUAUACGUUCAAUGAAGAAAUCGGAAUAUUCUGUCUUAGCUGCGGCUCUGUGAAAACCGAGAUACGAGACAUUUCUGAACCAGUUGUGGAAAGACAAAAAUGGCGCAAAGAGGAGAAACAAUACAGUGAAGAAGAUAAUGAUGAACAAAAAUCAGAGGCAAAAGUUGAUGAAGAUGAUAAUAAAGAUAUGUUCUCAACUAAUGCUACUGAUCCUGAUGAACCAAUAUCUGCAGAAAAAGACACUGUUUGGGAAUCGAUUCCAGAACUCAAAGAAAAGAUGCAUGCGCACCAGAAAAAGGCUUUUAAAUUUCUUUGGCAAAACAUUGCUGGCUCCAUGGAACCAUCCCUCAUGCAAGAAAGAUCCGAAACAAAUGGUGGAUGUGUCAUAUCACAUGCUCCUGGAGCUGGAAAAACCUUUCUCGUCAUUUCUUUUCUUGUAAGUUACUUGAAGCUCUUUCCAGGGAAAAGACCAUUAGUCCUUGCACCAAAAUCCACACUCUACACAUGGUGCAAAGAGUUCAAAAAAUGGAAGGUUCCUGUGCCCGUGUAUCUUAUCCAAGGCCGUCAAACCCAGAGAGAUUCAACGGCUCCAAAACCUACGGUUCUUCCCGGAGUUCCAAGACCUUCUGGUGAUGUAAAACAUGUUUUGGAUUGUCUUGGAAAAAUAAAAAAGUGGCAUUCACACCCAAGUGUUCUUGUCAUGGGCUACACUUCAUUUUUAGCCUUAAUGAGACAAGAUACAAAAUUUGCACACAGAAAGUACAUGGCGAAAACUUUGCGAGAAAGCCCUGGAAUCUUGAUACUUGAUGAAGGUCACAAUCCUAGAAGCACAAAAUCAAGGUUGAGGAAAUGCUUAAUGGAACUUCCAACAGAAUUGAGGAUAUUACUUUCUGGCACUUUGUUUCAGAACAAUUUCGGUGAAUAUUUCAAUACACUGUGUUUAGCAAGACCAAAAUUUGUUCACGAAGUGCUACGAGAGUUAGAUUCUAAAUACUUAAGGAGAGGUAACAGAGAGAAGAAAGCGCAGCAUUUGCUUGAGGCGCGGGCGAGGAAAUUCUUCUUGGACAACAUUGCUAGGAAAAUUAACUCAGAUAACGAUGAAGAAAAAAUGCAGGGUCUACAUGUGCUGCGAAAGAUCACAAGCAGUUUCAUCGACGUUUAUGAAAGUGGAAAUUCCUCUGAUACACUUCCUGGUUUACAAAUAUAUACACUGCUCAUGAAUACAUACGAUGAACAGCUUGAGAUUUUACAGAAACUGCAGAAGAAAAUGGCUGAGUGUACUGGUUACCCUCUUGAGGUAGAGCUUUUGAUAACACUUGGAUCGAUACAUCCAUGGUUGAUCAAAACAGCAACAGCAUGUGCAGAGAAGUUUUUUGCUGAAGAUGAAUUGAAGAGGCUAGACAGAAUCAAAUUUGAUUUAAGAAAAGGUUCCAAAAUAAGAUUUGUUCUGAGCCUAAUCUCACGUGUAGUGAAAAAUGAAAAGGUUCUUAUCUUUUGUCACUACCUUGCACCUGUGAGAUUUUUCAUAGAGUUGUUUGAGAAAUACUUUCAAUGGCAAAAUGGAAAAGAGGUUCUGAUACUUACUGGUGAUCUAGAUUUGUUUGAAAGAGGAAAAGUGAUUGAUAAGUUUGAAGAUCCUCGCAGCGGUUCGAAGAUACUUCUAGCUUCAAUCAAUGCUUGUGCUGAAGGUAUUAGCUUAACAGCAGCUUCUAGAGUGAUUUUUUUGGAUUCUGAAUGGAAUCCUUCAAAAACAAAGCAAGCUAUUGCACGCGCUUUUCGUCCUGGUCAGCAGAAAAUGGUUUACGUGUAUCAGUUAUUAACGACUGGGUCAAUGGAGGAAGAUAAGUUUAGAAAAACUACCUGGAAAGAGUGGGUUUCUAGCAUGAUUUUUAGUGAGGAGUUUGUGGAAGAUCCAUCUAAAUGGCAAGCAGAAAAGAUUGAAGAUGAAAUACUUAGGGAGAUGGUUGAAGAGGAUAAGUCUAAAGCUAUUCAUAUGAUUAUGAAGAAUGAAAAGGAUUCUGUAAGGAAUAUGCCACGUCAUACAGAAGGACAGCAAGGCCUUCUAGAAGGAUCAUAUUUGAUUAUGCAAGAGCCACAAUCUGAUGGACACUAG